GGUCUGGACUUCUACAGUAUAGUAUCUUUUUCAAUACUAUAUAAGUUGGUCAGGACCAUUGUUAAUAAAAAAUAACAAUAAAUAAUAAUAAAUCCAUAAGUAUAAGAUAUUUCAAAAGGCAAAUGUAGAAUACAAAGAUGAAAUGACCAAAACUCACUCCCUAUUUAUUGUAAUCCCUCUGGAAGCUGUUUAUGGGGUGCAGCUGGUGUCAUGGAGCCAUAAUCUGUCCUUGAUGGAGGACGAUUUUAACAACAUGUUUUUCUUAAAUCCUCUUUACAGCCACUGUUCAUCUGUAUCACAUUAUCACAGAAUGCUGUUCCAUCUUCUGUUCUGGACGAGUCUAUUUCUGUUGAUGACAAACGGUGAAAGAGGAUUUUAUGGGAAUCAUUACACCGAGUGGAAUGACUCACAACUGCAGCCCACCAUUCAGAGGCUGAUGAAAGGCUACAAUCGAUACCUAAGGCCAAACUUUAACCAGGGGCCAGUUAAAAUUGGAAUGAGUUUGGAUAUUGCCAGCAUUGAUGCCAUCUCUGAGAUUAACAUGGACUACACAGCCACUAUAUUCCUCAGACAACGAUGGCGAGAUUCCCGCCUGGUAUUCCCUGGAAAUGAAAGUCUGAGUCUGGAUGGGCGGCUGGUUUCUUUGCUGUGGAUCCCCGAUACGUUCAUCCCUGAUUCUAAGCGUUCUUUCCUCCAUGAUGUGACUGUGGAAAACCGUUUGAUCCGCAUCUUCAGCAACGGCACUGUGCUCUACGCUCUUCGCAUAACAGCAACCAUCGCUUGCAACAUGGACCUCACCAAGUAUCCUAUGGACAGACAAGAGUGUACUUUGCAAUUAGAAAGCUGGGGCUAUAAUUUACAGGAUGUGGUGUUUUACUGGACCCGAGGGAAUGACUCGGUGAAGGGGUUAGAUACACUGCGUUUGGCGCAAUACAGUGUGGAGAGCUACUACACAAGCGUCUCUGAAGCUGUAUAUGAAACAGGUUUUUACCCGAAGCUAGUUCUGCACUUCGCUCUACGUAGAAAUGUACUUUUCUUUAUUCUGGAGACGUAUGUGCCCUCGACACUGCUGGUGGUUCUGUCAUGGGUGUCUUUCUGGAUCAGUCAGUCCUCCGUUCCGGCUCGCACCUGCAUCGGGGUGACCACUGUUCUUACCAUGACCACACUGAUGAUGGGUGCCAGGACCUCACUUCCCAAUGCCAACUGCUUCAUCAAAGCCAUAGACGUCUAUCUCGGCAUCUGUUUCACCUUCAUCUUUGGUGCUCUACUGGAAUAUGCCUGCGCUCAUUUCUGCACCAUGCAGCACCAAACCAUAGUAGAUGUGCAAAGGGUGAGAAACCUCUUAAUAUUGGUUAAAAUUAUAUUUGUUACGACCUAUUAUAUAUCCAUCUAUCUAUAUAAAAAUUCACAGGAACUACUCAAAGAAUUUGAGGAGUCGAAUGGUACGGCUCACUUGGCAAAUACAACAUCACCCAAAAAGAUGCAGACAGAAGAAUCCACUCAGCAGGAGACGCCUGAGCAAUCUGUGACAUGCGAAGGGAAUGAAGCCACAGACAAGAAGAAAGAAAAGGGGUGCGGUUUGUCCUCCGUCAAGCAAAUGUCUCGCCGAGCAGCAUCCAUGAUGAGUGUCGAAAAUCCUAACAACAUCGACAGACAUGCACGUGUAUUUUUCCCCAUGGUGUUUCUCCUCGUCAAUAUUUUCUACUGGCUCUACUACCUUUUAUUCUAACGGAUAAACAAUUCUACCUCCCAUCUCCAUUAAUGAACAAAGUAUUGCACAAACGACUGUAAAAAUGAAAAGGGUUGAUUACCCAUCAGUUGCAGUUAAAUAGUGCCCUAUAACAUGGAGCUUGGUACGCUUUUGCAUUGAAGCAAGUGUUUCUACAAAACAAUGAGAGCGAAGAUUAUAUGGACACACAUAAAUCACUAUACAGACUCAUCUGUAGCAGGACACAAAGGAUGACGCUUUUCGCAAUUGCCUUUACAUUACUGAUUUAUCUAGGUUCGAUGCUUUACCUGUUUUUCUUCUUGCUUUGUUUUUCUAAGUAAAUGUAAUGCGCUGUAGGGAUGCUGUAAACUCCAUAAGCACUGGCCAUAAUUAAUGGCAUUGAGUAAAAACAUUAAUGGUCAGUGUAUGCAUGUGUGACUGUAUAGUGGGGUCCACAGUCUGAUUCCGCCAAUACAAACCUGUAAAUAAAUUUUAAUAUUU